CACAGCAACUAAUAAAAUACACCCAUUUAAUUUUUUUAGCUUGUUAGUCGCAGGAAGAAAAAUGUGCGCAUGUAUGAAAACUUUAUUGUCAUGGCAGUCAAGACAUACAGCAAAGUUACCACAGCAGCUGUUAGAUAAGAGUAUAAACUAGAAUAAAAAUAAAAAUAUGCACAAAAGAAGGAAAACAAUGUCAACAAACUGUGGUAAGUUCUUUUAUCGCCCAUUCUCCUUAUGUCUCUGGCCAAAGUCACGACUAAGUAGAUGGCAUCCCUGGAUUUACAGUUACAAACUCUACCGCGGCGAGCUGAAGCGGACUGGACAGGUAAGGGGAAACACUGCUGAAGUGAGCAAACAAUCCAGACUUUAACUAUAAAAAUCACAAUCCAGCUCCAUGAGAAGGAAGUAAGGUACAGUAUCUUCCCAUCUAUAUUACUCCUGUGAUGGUUGCAAACUUACCAAAAUUCGGUCCUCUGUUUUACCACCCUUGGUGUCCAGCUUAAUUCCACAAAUGAACUUGAUGGACGACAUCUCAAUAAUCUUCCUGAUGCUUUCUGUGGAUGAAAGAGAGAUGUAAUUUUAGUAAUGGCUUUUUAGCACAUUGCCGUGAUGCAAUGCAAUGCAAUGUGACCCAUCAAUGUUUGUGAACUCAACUUGAUAUCAUUUGUUACCAGGCUGGCCUUUGAAUGGAUUGUACAUGUGCAACGCUCAGCAGAGACAGAAAGGAGGAGAGAUGUCUUACUCUUGAGCUGCUUUCAUCAUCAACAGUGAGAAGUGGACGUGUCAGAUACAAGAGUGGGAGUGGUCCUGUCCCAGGGUUUCCCAGUGGACCAGAAGCUCACCCAUGUGCAUUCUUCUUGCGUCGCAGAACCUCUGCUGAGGGUAACUACGACUUGGGAAAUAGGGAGCUGCUGGCCAUCGUUUUCACGUUGCAGGGUUGGAGGCAUUGGUUGGAGGGCGCGGCCCUUCCAUUCCUGGUGGAGCAAGUCGUCUCAUCGUCCGCCUGCUGGGCUCCUGGGGCCGCUGCUCAUCCCUUCUCUCCCUUGGUCUCACAUCACACACUGGACUUUAUUACUGGCCUUCCCCAUUCUCGUGGCAACACGGUCAUCCUUAAUGUGGUCGAUCGGUUCUCCAAGAUGGCACACUUCAUUGCUGUGCCUAAAUUGCCGUCGUCCCUGGAGACAGCCCAACUGCUGGUGAGACAUGUGUUCCGCAUUCACGGCAUACCGAUAGACUUGGUGUGGAAGACCUUCUGCAGCGCGUUGGUGCUUCGGCCAGUCUAUCUUCUGGUUACCACCCCCAGACCAACGGCCAGACAGAGAAAGCGAAUCAGGACUUCGAAGCGGCGCAUCGUUGCGUAUGUCACCGACACCCUUCUUCCUGCUCCUCCCACCUCUCUUGGGUUGAGUGUGCCCACAACUCACUUGUUUGGCUACAGGAAGGAAAUGUCUCCACCAAGAUGACCAUCUCUGUCUGCUGUGACUGUCCACUGUCGCUCCCGAGACUGAUGCCACGACUCCAAAAAUUGAAACACGCGAGUCGGACAAGACAAAUUAGCGAUAAAAAAAACAUAGUGUACUGUAUAUAUACUGUACAGUGUUAACUUUUUUUUUUUUUUUUGGUGAAAUAGAUCCCAAAACGCUGGAAGGAAUGAACAUCAUCCUCAUGUCGUCACUGUUUGGUGUAGCAGCAUUUGUGCUUCCAGCUACAGCAUCUAAAGAAGACUUGAAGGUCAGCGUAUCCGUGUGGCCGCCGGGGUCAGAGGUCUUCCUCGAGGAGUGCGUGCUGUUGCAGUGCACGGUGGCGUCGAACUCCACUUUCGUGUGGCGCUACCGCUGGUUCCGGCACAAACCCGACACAGUCCAGAAGACUCAAGAGAACCCACGGCACAUGGUCUCUGGAGGCAGCUACUCAAUCACGGCUGUGACGUGGGAGGAUGCAGGGAGUUACUGGUGUCGGGCCGAGCGUUCCGACAGCAACGGCACCGUGGUGCUCCUGAGUGGACCCACCACGCUGAGUGUGUCUGAGCUACUUCUUCCCUCACUCACUCUGACACCAAGCACACGUCACAUGUUCAUUGGUGACACCUUCACCAUCCGGUGCCCUGAGCCUCAGACAAGUUCCUCAUCUUGGGUGCUGAGGCAAACCUCCCCCAGCCACGGAACAAGGACCUAUGACUCCAAGACUGCUGCAUGUUCACCGCUGGAGGGCUCUAUUGGUGCAGCCAGAUCUGGCACCUGUGUCCUCUCUGCCGCGAGGAGGCAUGCCGGGCUGUACUGGUGCGAGGAUGCUGAAGGCCGCAGCAAGGCCGUCCACAUCACCGUAAGCUCUGGUCCGGUCAUUAUGAGGACUCCUGCCUUUGCUGUACCACAGGGGAGUAGUGCCGUCUUAUCCUGUCACUACUGGAGAGGCAACCACACUAAAAGCACAUUUUUCAGGAAUGGUAUUGAAAUGUGCACUACCAGUUCUUCCAGUCCUGGUAGAGACAUAAAGCUGACCAUAGCGAAUGUGACAGAGGCGCACCAAGGCUUCUACAAGUGUGCUUCUCAGGACAGAAAGCUGGAGAGCGCAGAGAGCUGGUUAUCAGUUAGACGCCACUCAUUAUCUGCCGAUUUGUCAGCUGGCUCCAAUCCUGGAUAUUGGAUUGGUUCAUGCGUUUGUAUCCUCUUCAUCCUGGUGGCUAUCUGGCUAAUUCAUUACUUCAAGUACAAGAUGAUCUACACCCAGAGCUGUUGGACGCCUUCUGGUGAGGAAUCUCCAGCGACGGCGCUUCCAGCCACCAAGCAGGAUGUAACAGAGGUACAAUGGGAUCUGUCCUGGAUGGAGAUGUCCAAUCUACUCUCGCACACAUGAAGGUUCUCUCUCACCUCUAUUAUGGAUAAGCAGCUGAGCAUUUACAGUACAAGUCUAUGUAGCAUACUGUAGUAAUCCUUUGAUUUGUCAAAUAUGCACCAACAAGCUAAAUGGCAGUUUAAAUGAUUUCAUUUCAAAGACUCAGCAGUCUGAAUUUGUGUGUGACAUUUUUGCAUAAAACACAUUUACUUCAUAUUUGUUAUAUACAGUAUGUCCAGUAUGGAUUCUUGUCUUUGUGUUGCCGUGCAUCCUUGUUGGUUGGCAGUGUGCGUUUUACAUCUUUUCCCACUCAAUGUGCUUGUCAGCUCGCCUCGCCUCCUUGAGUCUCUUAAUCUUGGAAUCUUGGAGAUAAAUAAAGUAUCUAUCUUCAACCAACCCCCUGAAGAAUAUGUAUUUCAGCCAAGUACCCCUUAACAAGAGAAAAGCAUUGUUGGUUGAAAAAAAAUAUGUAAAACACAGCACUGGAGUAUCACUGUCUAAUUUAUUGCUGUUUAAAACAGUGCUUUAUCCAUCCAUCUUCUUCCGCUUAUACGGGGUCAAGUCGUGGGGGCAGAAGCCUAAGCAGGGAAGCCCAAACUUCUGUCUCCCGGCUACUUCGUCCAACUCAUCCCGGCAGAUCC